GCGGGGGCAGGGGCGGGGCGGGGAGCCCAGUGACUGAAGCGGCGCUGGGAGCGGCUGUCGGACGGCGGCGGAGCCGCGAACCAGGAAGAAGAUGAGCUUGAAGUCCGAACGCCGGGGAAUUCAUGUGGAUCAAUCUGAGCUCCUGUGCAAGAAAGGAUGUGGUUACUAUGGCAACCCUGCCUGGCAGGGUUUCUGCUCCAAGUGCUGGAGGGAGGAGUACCACAAGGCCAGGCAGAAACAGAUCCAAGAGGACUGGGAACUGGCAGAAAGACUUCAGCGGGAGGAGGAAGAGGCCUUCGCUAGCAGUCAGAGCAGCCAAGGAGCCCAGUCCCUCACGUUCUCCAAGUUCGAGGAAAAGAAAACCAAUGAGAAGACUCGCAAGGUCACCACAGUGAAGAAGUUCUUCAGCGCCUCUUCCAGGGUUGGGUCCAAGAAGGCAGAAAUUCAGGAAGCCAAAGCUCCCAGUCCUUCCAUAAACCGGCAAACCAGCAUUGAGACGGAUCGAGUGACUAAAGAGUUCAUAGACUUUCUCAAGACCUUCCACAAGACAGGCCAAGAAAUCUAUAAACAGACGAAGAUGUUUUUGGAAACAAUGCAUUACAAAAGGGAUUUAAGCAUCGAGGAGCAAUCAGAAUGUACUCAGGACUUUUACCAGAAUGUGGCCGAAAGAAUGCAGACUCGUGGAAAAGUGCCUCCAGAGAAAGUGGAGAAGAUAAUGGAUCAGAUUGAAAAGCACAUCAUGACCCGACUCUAUAAAUUCGUGUUCUGCCCAGAGACUACUGAUGAUGAGAAGAAAGAUCUUGCCAUUCAAAAGAGGAUCAGGGCUCUGCACUGGGUGACACCUCAGAUGCUCUGUGUCCCUGUCAAUGAGGAAAUCCCUGAAGUGUCUGACAUGGUGGUGAAAGCUAUCACAGACAUCAUCGAGAUGGACUCAAAGCGUGUGCCUCGGGACAAGCUAGCCUGCAUCACUAGGUGCAGCAAGCACAUCUUCAAUGCCAUCAAGAUCACCAAGAAUGAGCCAGCCUCAGCUGAUGACUUCCUGCCCACCCUCAUCUACAUCGUCCUGAAGGGCAACCCCCCUCGCCUGCAGUCCAACAUCCAGUACAUCACUCGCUUCUGUAAUCCUAGCCGGCUUAUGACGGGCGAGGAUGGCUACUACUUCACCAACCUGUGCUGUGCGGUGGCUUUCAUUGAGAAGUUAGACGCUCAGUCUUUGAAUUUAAGUCAGGAGGAUUUUGACCGAUACAUGUCCGGCCAGACUUCCCCAAGGAAGCAGGAGUCUGAGACUUGGGCCCCCGAAGCCUGCUUAGGUGUGAAGCAAAUGUAUAAGAACUUGGACCUCCUGUCUCAGUUGAAUGAACGGCAGGAAAGGAUCAUGAGUGAAGCCAAGAAACUUGAAAAAGACUUAAUAGACUGGACGGAUGGAAUUGCCAAGGAAGUUCAAGACAUUGUUGAGAAAUACCCACUGGACAUCAAGCCCCCAAACCAACCAUUAGCAGCCAUUGACUCUGAAAAUGUGGAGAAUGACAAGCUCCCGCCCCCGCUGCAGCCUCAGGUGUAUGCAGGGUGAUGUCUUGCUCAUGGCCAUUUUUACUUGGGGCUGAUUUCAGGGAGCUCCUGCGUUCCACUGUUCAGGUCUGGGAUACGAAUUAACUGCUUAAAAGGUCAAAGUAUUUUUAAGGUACAAUUUUAGGAAUUGUUUUUAUUUUUAUUUUUUUCCUAGCAGGGGAAGCUAGUAAAUAAUAAUGCACUAUUUAUUUGAGUUGGUGAGGUAGGUUUGUGUGAAUUCUGUUUCCAUCUUUUCUGUCCUCCCUGAUUUUCCCAUGGGCUUCCUCUGUGGUGGACACUGUUGUUGGUUUGGGGCAAAUACUGCCAUUUAAAGGAUAAAACAGAUAGAUGCUACAGAGUCUGCGUUGAAAUGUUCCCACACUCUCCCAGUGUGAAAUUAUUUUGUAAUUGUAAAGAUAGAAGAUAUGUUAAUAAGUAAAUAUGUAAAAUUGUAAAUAUGUAAAAAAUAAAGCUGGGGAGGGGUGUUA